AUGUUCACGGAGCUGAGAACCAAGCCGAGCCCCCCGCGAGGCCGUGCCGGGGCUGUGCGCGCCGGCUUCGGGGAGCGUCGGGAUGUGGAUGCCACUGCCCACUUCAAUUUCUGCCGGACCCUCCUGGAUCACACGGUGUCGGCCGAGAACAUCCCCUGCCCCCUGCCUCGGACACCGGGUACUAGCCUCACGUGGCACGACUCCCGAAGCCAGAGGGCGGCUGGCGGCCGGCCGGUCAAGCUCCUGCAGCAGCCUGGCACCGAGGCCCCCCAGGGCCGGCUGUACUCUGACCACUAUGGCCUAUACCACACGAGUCCAUCCCUGGGUGGCCUGACGAGGCCCGUGGUCCUGUGGAGUCAGCAGGACGUCUGCAAGUGGCUCAAGAAGCACUGUCCCCACAACUACCUCGUCUAUGUGGAGGCCUUCUCUCAGCACGCCAUCACUGGCCGGGCGCUGCUGCGGCUGAACGCAGAGAAGCUGCAGCGGAUGGGGCUGGCGCAGGAGGCACAGCGGCAGGAGGUGCUGCAGCAGCUGCUGCACCUGCAGGUGCGCGAGGAGGGGCGGAGCCUGCAGCUGCUCAGCCAAGCUUCCUUCGGAAACAUGUCCUAG